AUGGUGAAGACAAGAAGCAGCAGGAAGAAUCUACGUGCAGCAGCACCGGACACAGACCUGCGGGACUGGGAGCACGGGCUGGGGGCCUGUGGGGAGCUGCGGGGCCGGGGUGGGGGUGUGUGGCAGCCGGGGCUCAGCGCCGGGCGCUGCCUGACCCCACCAGCCCCGGGCAGGGCCGGCACUGGCCCCCGGCCCCCAGGAGGCUGCGGGACGCCCCAGCCGCUGCCCGGCCCCGGGGAGCUGCCGGCCCUGCCCGCCGGGGGGGCCGCCUUUGGACACUGCGAAACCUCCGGCGACGUGAAUUUCCCCGCACGCUCCCGGCGACGGGGCAGCCACCUCUGUCCUACCCACAGCAAGCGGGACGAGGCAGCGCUGCUCCGGCAGCGGCUCCUGCCCAGGCAGCGGCGGGAAGGAGAGCGCGGGCAGCCGCUCCCGCAGCGCCCUCGGCCCAGGGCCACCACGGGCCGGACACGGCACAAGCAAGCCGCCGCAGCCCCCUGCCGCCCCCUCCGCCCGCAGCGAGCCCCGAGCCCCCGCAGAACCCAGCGCGGCUCCCACCUGCGCCGGGGCCGCCUCCCAGCUCCGCCAAUGCCGCCUCCCCGGCCUCCGGCCGCUGCCGCCGCUCCCGGGCCCGCACAGACGCUCCGCCAAUGGCGCCGCUGCCCAGCCAGGGCCGCCCUCAGGCCGCCAGCGGGGCCGUGCUUCGCCCCGCUCUCACCAAUCAGCGCGCCACAACCACGACUGACGGCACAGCCGGCCAAUCGCAGCGAGGGGCGGGCUCUGCACACGGCACCGCCUCGCCCCGCGCUCUCAGGGCCCCCGGGCUGGGCAAGGGCAAAGCCGCAGCUGAGGAACAGCCCUGGAACGGGCCCGGGCCCGGGCCGGCAUCCAGCGGAAACACAAACAAACUUCUCCGCACCUCCCGACACGGCUUUCCCGGCCCUGCGCCUUCGCUGCCUCCGCCUCUGCGGGCUACAGUCAGCAGACGUGUGCAGCGCAGCCAAAAUGAUCCAGCACGUGGUUGCUGCAGUUUGCACGCUGUACUUUGUGGCUUAUUUGGGGUAUUUUUUAACCCACUUGGCAUGGCACCUCAUGUGUGGAUCCCGAGCAGCUCCUCCUUCAGGCACAAAAGCAGCACCAGCACCUCCUCUGGCUCCCUCUGCUUCCAAAGAGGAGGCCAAAGAGGAGGAAGACAGCAGUGAGCUUCCUGCUGUUCUGGGGGACGAUGGUGAACUUCCCUCAGUGCCGGGAGAUGAGGGUGAACUUCCCACUGUUCUGGGAGACGAGGGCGAACAUCCCGCGGUGUGGGAAUACAACGGCGAGGCUCCCACGGUGGGGGACAAGGACAGUGGACAUCUCCCAGCGUGGGACGAGGACGGUGGAUGGCCCCUGGUGUGGGACGAGGAUGGCCAGGCUCACAUGGAAGAGGACACUGAACCUCCCUCGGCUGUGGGAUCCUGGGCUGAACAUUCUGCCAGCAGCACAGCCCUGCAGCCAGAGGGGAGAGGGGAAUGGUGCCUGCUGCAGCUGAGGAACAGCGUGAGCCUGGCGGAACCUGCCGAGAAAUACCUGGAAGUGGAGCAGAUUGGCCAAGGGGCUUUCAGAACCGUUUCUAAAGGACACGACAGGGCCACUGGAGGAGAGGUGGCCAUAAAGAAAAUGAGGCUCAGAGUGCAGAACAGGGAACGAGCUGUGAAUGAGCUCCUGCUCCUGAAGGACAAGAAGAACCCCAACAUUGUCAACUCUUUGGACAGCUUCCUUCUUGACGGAGAUCUCUUGAUGGAAUACAUGGAUGGAGGAACUUUGCAGGUCAUUGUCAGACAGACACGCAUGGCUGAAGGAGAGAUGGUAGCUGUCAAUCAGGAGUGUCUGCAGGGCCUGGAUUUCCUCCAUGCGAACCGGGUGAUCCACAGAGAUCUGAAGAGCUCCAACAUCCUUCUGGGAAUGGACGGCUCUGUCAAGCUGGCUGAUUUUGGCCUCUACGCUCUGCUCAGCCCUGAGCAGGACCAGCGCAGGUCCAUGGUGGGCACUGCUCACUGGAUGGCCCCAGAAGUUGUCACCAGUUCUCCUUAUGGCCCCAAGGUGGACAUCUGGUCCUUUGGCAUUGUGACCAUCGAGAUGGUGGAAGGAGAACCUCCUUACUUCAAGGAAACGAGGGCCAUGGCCCGUGCUCUGAUCCAGCAGAACGGGACCCCGCAGCUGCAGGAGCCCAGGCGCCUGUUGGCUCUGCUGUGGGACUUCCUCGAGUGCAGCCUGGAGCCGGACGAGGAGCGGCGCUGGUCUGCCCAGGAGCUGCUGCAGGGUCCUUUCGAAGUCGUCUUCACCUGGUGCCCCACAACGAGCAGGACCAUCUUCAAGCAGGUCAGGUGGCUCAGAGAGCCCUGCCUGACCUGAGCUUGGAAGUUUCCAGGGAGGAGGCACCUCCCACAUCUCUGGGCACCUUCUCUCAGUGCUUCCCCACUCUCCUGGUUAAAAAAUUCUGCCUUAGAGCUAAUCUGAGCCUGCUUCCCUCUCCUGAGUUUCAGACCAUUUCCCUUUGUCCUGUUGCAACAGAGCUUGUGAGGAAGUUGACUCUGGAAAGUAACGGUUCAUUUCUUUCUUUUUUAUCCUUUGGGCAGCGCCCAUUUUUAUCAUCAGCCAAGCCUCUCUCCACCCUGACCCCUCUGAUCACUGCAGCAAAGCAACUGAGGGAGCAG